AUGGCGACCUCCAGAACAUUUGCCCAAGCUCUCCCGAGCUUAGGGCUUGCAGCCACGCGCACACCCGUUCGCCCGAUUGCACAGUAUCUCUGGACUUAUACCACUGCGAGCGCUGCUUUGCGGCUGUCUUCCAUAACCCGGGGUUCGCAACUGCCCAUGAUGCGCCGUCAGAUCCAGAUGACAAGGUCCCUGCAACAAACGCGGGCUUUUUCUGCCUCGGCCGCUACGUCCCAUGGUCAUAUAGAGCCCCCGAAACCUGGCGAGGAGCUCUGGGUCACCUUCAUCGAUAAGGAGGGCAACGAGCACAAGCUGGCCGUCAAGGAGGGCGACAAUCUCCUCGAUAUUGCGCAGGCUCACGACUUGGAGAUGGAGGGCGCUUGCGGUGGCUCCUGUGCCUGCUCAACCUGCCACGUUAUCGUGCUAGACCAAGAGUACUACGACCGCAUGCCGGAGCCGGAUGAUGACGAGAACGACAUGUUGGAUUUGGCCUUCGGCCUCCAGGAGACAAGCCGUCUGGGUUGCCAGGUCCACAUGACGAAGGAUCUUGACGGUUUGCGCGUCAAGCUGCCUGCUAUGACACGGAACCUACAGGCGAGCGACUUCAAAUGA